CCGGUAUUGAUGAGUGCGCCAUCGAGUGUGAAACCAGGUCGUGGAGGCAGCCGACAAGUUCAAGCAGACUCUACGUUGCAUCCUGAAGAGCGUAAACGGAUUCUUCAUCUUCACGCUGAACAAAAUCGCCGCAGUGCUUUGAAGGAUGGUUUUGAUAUGCUGAUGGAUAUGAUUCCUGACUUGCAUUCCGGUGGUGUUAAACCAACGAACGCCGUUGUUCUUGCCAAAGGUGCCGAGCAUAUCCGCCAUUUGACUGCUUUGAGAGACGACCAAGCCGCUCAAAGAGCCGCCCUCAAUGAAAAAAUUGCCAGACUCAAUCAAAAGAUAAGUGUAUUGCAAUCGAAUCUGCCGUCGUCUAGCGGUACGACCAGUUCAAAAUUAGAACCCCGAGCUGCGCUUGAGGCUUUCUAUGACCGAUACACAAAGGAAUCGAGUCGGAAAGAUUAUCGCUUCUGGGUUAUGGCGCGUUUGUUACGCCCCAUUGCGGUUGGAGAGAAUUCUUCAUUUGCAGCUAUGAUUGCACCAGAGGGUUCGUCAAGAGAGGAGGUUGCUGCUUCAUGUUCUGAGUGGUUAAACAGUCACUGGCGCGCGGCGGAGUUGAGGCCACUUGCGAGUACACUGCUAGUCCAUCUUGCGACCACUGCUGGCGUAUUAACCAAUCCCGAAAGUCUGGAGGAACAUGUACGUGAACAGCUCAACAAUCCAAUUGCUUAG